AGUAAAGAGACCGUUGUAGUCUUUGUAGAUCUGUCUUUGUUUGUUCAUCGGGGGGUGAGAUGGUGAAACACAGAAGCUCAUCUCGUUCGAUAGUCUCAUCUUUUUCUUUAACUAGACUCUUCUCUAUAAAAGCUAUAUCUCUCUACUUGAUCUUUAUCUUUGCUUUUACCAUCUGGGUUCUUGUCUUCAGCUCCACAAACAUACAAACCGACGAUGACCAACAUCAUCGGGAUCUAAUCGAUUCAGAAUCGAUUCCGCCACCGUAUUUGCCUCCUAGGAAGAAUUUGCAGAAAUCGAAUGAAAAUACUCAACUUUGGGAUCCUCCUUUCAGCUUUGGUUUGCAUCCAUGUGCCAAUCCUACUCCUAAAUACAAAGAAUUUUCAGAAUCAGAUCACUAUAUAACAGUGAGAAGUAAUGGUGGACUAAACCAAAUGCGCACUGGUAUAGCAGAUAUAGUGGCUGUUGCCCACAUCAUGAAUGCAACUUUAGUCAUUCCUGAGCUGGAUAAGCGUUCGUUUUGGCAAGAUUCAAGUGUCUUCUCAGAUAUUUUUGACGAGGAGCAUUUCAUCAAAUCCCUGAAGAGAGAUGUGAAGGUUAUUAAGAAGCUUCCAAAGGAAGUGGAAUCUCUACCUAGAGCAAGGAAACAUUUCACUUCUUGGUCUAGUGUUGGAUAUUAUGAAGAAAUGACACACUUGUGGAAGGACUACAAGGUCAUACAUGUCGCUAAAUCAGAUUCUCGUCUUGCAAAUAAUGACCUGCCUAUUGACAUUCAGAGAUUGAGAUGCCGUGUACUCUAUCGUGGUCUCCGCUUCUCUCCUCCCAUUGAAACUCUUGGACAGAAGCUGGUUGAGAGACUCAAGGCACGUGCUGGGAGAUACAUUGCAUUGCACCUGAGAUAUGAGAAAGACAUGUUGGCUUUCACUGGUUGUACCUAUGGUCUCACGGAUGCUGAGUCCGAAGAACUAAGAGUGAUGCGGGAAAGUACAAGCCAUUGGAAGAUCAAAAGUAUAAACUCAACAGAGCAGAGAGAGGAAGGCCUUUGUCCGUUGACUCCAAAAGAAGUGGGAAUAUUUCUGAAAGGUCUGGGAUAUCCUCAGUCAACAGUCAUUUAUAUUGCAGCAGGGGAUAUCUAUGGGGGUGAUGAUAGACUCUCUGAGCUUAAGUCGCGCUUCCCAAAUCUAGUUUUUAAGGAAACACUAGCUCUGAAAGGCGAGUUGAAAGGUUUCACAGGCCAUGCGACUAAAACGGCUGCUCUUGAUUAUAUAAUUUCAGUUGAGAGUGAUGUGUUUGUUCCUUCACAUUCUGGAAACAUGGCAAGAGCCGUUGAAGGUCACCGCAGAUUUCUAGGUCAUCGCAGGACUAUCACUCCAGACAGGAAAGGAUUAGUGAAACUCUUCAGUAAGAUGGAGAGAGGACAGUCAAGAGAGGGACCUAAGUUGUCCAAUCUUGUGAAGCAAAUGCUUCAAGACAGGCAAGGUGCACCGAGAAGAAGGAAAGGACCAACACAGGGGAUCAAAGGACGUGCGCGGUUUAGAACCGAAGAAGCCUUUUAUGAGAAUCCAUACCCAGAGUGUAUUUGCAGUUCAAAGCAGCACAGAGAACCCUAACUAAUAUAUUUCCAACUUUUUUUUUUUGGUUUCUUCAAAACAUUCAAUUUUUGUUCUGUAUCAUUAGAUGGGCAUAGCCACCGUAGGUAGAGUUACCACAUAUUUCUCAGAUUAAUCCUGGGACAUGUACGAGAUCAUGUAUUUUUACAAUUACAAUAGCCAUGGAAUUUUUCUUUGGCAUACAAAGAUUCAAAAAUUUCUUCCAGACUA